AUGACAGAAGUUAAUUUACAAGAACAAGAAGCUAUUACUGGUGUGGAAGUUAUAGAGCAAUGGAUUACUACCAAAGAUGGAGUUCCUAUUUAUUCAAAGACUUGGAAGGCAAUUUCCUCUCCUCCAAUCGCGACGGUAAUUUUUAUUCAUGGGGGUGGAGAACACAUUUCUCGUUAUAAUUAUGUAUUUUCCAAAUUUUCCAGUAAGAAUGUUGAGGUAUUUGCUUACGAUCAACGAGGAUUUGGACAAACUGCAGUUCGAAAUAAUAAUCCGGGAGAUACAGGUGGUUGGGAUGUGGCCUUGGAUGAUAUCAAUGAAGUCAUAAUAUCUCAGAGAAAACCUGGAAUUCCUCAAUUUUUGAUGGGUCAUAGUAUGGGCGGCGGUUUAGCAUUACAUUAUGCCAGUUAUGGACCAGAAAAGGAUAAUUUAGCUGGCUUCAUCAUUAGCGCUCCACAUAUUGCACCUAUUAGUGCAUUAGCUAAAGUGGGUAAUUUUGCAAAUAUGAUUGUACCAAAAUUGCCCAUACCACUCCCUCUUUAUCCCGAAGAUAUGACUCAUGACAAAGAUAUUCAAAAAAAACUUCGUGAAGAUCCAUUGAAUUUUAAAACUCUUUCCGUGAACACAGUUGUGACUAUGGUAUCCAAAGGAAAAGAAUUACUAGAUAGUAAAUAUGUAAGCAUAACUUCGCCAAUUUACAUUUGUCAUGGAUCAGAAGAUAAAGUUACUUCCCACGAUUCUUCGAAAGAAUUAUACGAAAAGAUCCCUUCCCAAGAUAAAACUUUUCGUUCAUGGCCAGGACUUUAUCAUGAACCGCAUAACGAAUUUGAAAAGGAUCAGGUCAUCGACGAUUACCUUCAAUGGAUUCUUGCUCGU